CAUACAUACAUAACCAAAUACAAGAUUCCACAUUUUGGACGAUAUUUAAAAAAUAACUCUAGAAAACUAUAUUUGCGUUUAAGUGUAAAAAUAAUUUUGCUACAAUUUGAGGAGUAGACAUGAGAUUGACAUCCAGUUUGUUAAGACGCGUAGGAGAGUGGUCAAAGAAAUAUGCAAAUUUACCUGAUAGUUACAUAGAACGAGCUAUGGCACAGGUUUAUUGGAAGACACCCAAAAAGCCAAAUUAUUUGCCACGUACAAUUGAAAGAAAGCGAUUUCGUUUCUCAAUACAUCGUCCAUGGACUUCUCAAUUUCAUCGUGAUAAUGCACCUGGUAAAUCUCAUAAAUUCGUUCACGUGGAGCCUAUUAAGGAUUGGAAUUUCUUUCGAGGUGAUAGGGUAGAGGUUUUAGUAGGAAAAGAUAAAGGAAAGCAAGGGAUUGUAAAAGAUAUUUAUCAAGAAAGAAAUUGGAUAAUUGUCGAAGGACUUAAUACGAAGUUGGAAUGUCAAAAGAUAGGUAAAAAAUAUCCUAGUAUAUAUAUGCAGCAAGAACAACCAUUAUUGGUAACCUCACAAGUACAAUUGGUUGAUCCUUCAGAUAUGCAAGCAACUCCAGUAGAAUGGCGAUUCACAGAGGAUGGUCACCGUGUACGCGUAUCCGUGAGAUCUGGUAGAAUAAUUCCUAUUCCUGUUUCUAGUCAAGAAACAAUAGAUUACAAAUUACCUCAGCUUUAUCUAGAGCAAGCAAAAGAUACAACUAAAGCUGAUAUGGAAAAAAUAACUUUCGAACCAGCAUUAAAGACUUUCGAGAUGGAUAUCAUGGAAAAGAUGGAUAUUAAAGAAGAUCGUGUUCCAAAGAAAUUUUAUUGGUAUUAAUCAUUCUUAUAUACAAUUCGCUGUUAUUUUCAAUGUACAGCUAUAAUAUUUAAUAAAUAUAUUAAACGGACAA